UUGGGCAGCAUUGCUAGGGCCUGUGGAUACAGAUUUACUUCCAGACUGUGUAUCUGCCUAGAUCUUUAAAGAGGAAUAAAUAAUCUGUGAAGGAAGACUUGUAACCUGGAGAAGAGACCUGUCGUACUCCAUACUUUAUAGUGAUGCUACAGGACACAGAGGAAUGGAUAAAAACAUUGGCGAGCAACUCAAUAAAGCUUAUGAAGCCUUCCGACAGGCAUGCAUGGAUAGAGAUUCUGCAAUAAGAGAACUACAGCAAAAGACUGAGAACUAUGAGCAGAGAAUACGUGAGCAACAGGAACAGCUGUCACUUCAACAAACUAUUAUUGACAAGCUAAAAUCACAGUUACUUCUGAAUUCCAAUCAAGAUAAUAGUUAUGGCUAUGUUCCGCUGCUUGAAGACAGUGAAACAAGGAAGAAUAAUUUGACUCUUGAUCAGCCACAUGAAAAAGUGAAAUCAGAAAUACCAAGAGAUAAACAAUUAAAGGUAAGAAGACAAGAGGUUUCUUCUAGAAAAGAAACUUUGCCAAGUAAUGUUGACAUUCCUUUAUUCCAUGAAAGGGAUUUUAUAGAGAAGACAUUCUGGGAUCUAAAAGAAGAAUUUCAUAGAAUAUGCAUGCUAGCAAAAGCACAAAAAGAGCACUUAAGCAAACUUAAUAUACCAGACACUGCAUCUGAAACACAGUACUCUGUGCCUAUACAGUGUACGGAUAAAACAGAUAAACAAGAAGUGCUUUGUAAGCCUCAGGCUAAAGAUGAUAUAAAUAGUAAUGCACCAUGCAUCACAUCUGUCACACCAAGAGGGCUGGGCCGAGAUGAGGAAGACACCUCUGUUGAAUCACUUUCUAAAUUCAAUGUCAAGUUUCCACCUAUGGACGGUGAUUCUACUUUCUUACAUAGCACUCCAGAGAGACCCAAAGUUCUUGGUCCUUCCACAUCUGAGACAAUGUGCCAGGACAAAUUUAAUAUGGAGCUCAGAAACAACUCAGGAAAAUUCAUUAAAACAGAAGAAAUUUUAUUUGAAAAUCAGGCAAUUGACCCCAUAGCUUCAGCCAUACAAAACCUUAAAACAACUGACAAAACAGAACCUUCAAAUCUUGUAAACACUUGUAUCAGGACAACUCUGGAUAAAGCUCCGUGUUUGCCACCUGGAAACCAUAAUGAGUUAUAUGUAAAUACAUUCCCACUUCAGGACCCAUCUGAUGCACCUUUUCCCUCAUUCGAUUCCUCAGGAAGCACUAUCCGAGGACCACAGCAGCCUGUUUGGAAGCCCUAUCCUAAUCAAGACAGUGACUUAUUGGUACUAAGUGGUACAGACUCAGAACUGCAUAUACCUCGAGUAUGUGAAUUCUGUCAAGCAGUUUUCCCACCAUCCAUUACAUCCAGGGGGGAUUUCCUCCGGCAUCUUAAUUCACACUUUAAUGGGGAGACUUAAGACAUUUGGAAACAGACAUAUCAACUUCUAUAUGAUUUUGGUUUUGUAAUACUAUAAAUACUUGAUUGUAAACUUAAGAACAUUUAUAGAAAAAUUCAGUGCUGUAUUUGAAUUUUUUUCCAACCUUAAAUUUGUAACUGUCUUAAUUAUCUUUUAAAAGAUCAUUCUGUAC